AGCCACUAAUUGUCGCAGCUUGCCUGAGUAGUGGGCAUGGGCACAUAUUCUCUAUGAUGGGCAUGUCGCACGACUGAUUGUCGAGAACGGCGAGACACUGGAGCUGGAACGGGAGAAAUAAGAGCGCAAUGCCACGGCCGUUGCCAGGUGUCGGCCAGCACGGCGUAAGCGUCCUGUGCACGCGACAUUCUGCAUGACAACGGCGUCAGGCGGCAGCCAACGGGCUGCAGCGCUGUGUCGGCCGGAGAGACAUCGCGAUGUUGCACGGGCGGCGCGUGCUACUCGCGCUGCUCCUGUGCGGCCUGCUCUGCACGCUGCUUGUGCCGUUCACUCUGGUGCUACGUUCGCCGACGGCCUGCAGCUCUGGUGACGAAGACGACGACGACUAUGAAGGCGGAAGCGCGGGGGACCACCGAUUAGCAGUGAUCAUUCCGUUUCGCGAUCGCUUCGACGAAUUGUUGCGGCUGGCGCCUCACUUGCACCGCUUUCUGCGCAAACAGGAGAUUCGGCACAGGCUGGUUGUGGUGAACCAGAUUGACACGCUGCGAUUCAAUCGAGGCUCGCUUAUCAAUGCUGGCUUCUUGGAGAGCGAGGCAGACUGUGACUAUGUUGCCAUGCACGACGUUGACCUCCUGCCGCUGAACCCCCAGCUAAGCUAUGCAUUCCCUCCCAAUGGUGGCCCGCACCACCUCGCUGCACCAGGCCUGCACCCGCGGUACCACUACCCAACCUUUGUUGGUGGCAUUCUUCUGUUGAGCACAGCCCGCUUCCGCCAGUUGAACGGCAUCUCGAACCGCUACUGGGGUUGGGGCCUCGAGGAUGAUGAAUUCUAUGCACGUAUUCGCGAGGCUGGCCUCAACGUUACACGACCUGUUGGCAUUACAACAGGAAAAAAAGACACUUUUCGACACCUGCAUGACCGCCGGCGCCGGCCGAGAGACACAGCGCGGACGGCACAGCAGAGGCGCGAGAAUCGUCGUAGGGACCGCCGAACUGGGCUGGGUGACAUAAGGUAUCAAGUCAAGGCAAGACACAAGCUUAAGAUUGACGGGGCACCUGUGGAUGUGCUUGAUGUUAGACUGCUUUGCAAUCGUACUGACACGCCAUGGUGUGAAUUACCUGUAAAUUGAUUGACAUGGACACUUUGGUGUCCACUGGACUCUUGUUUUCUUGCAUCAAGCAGUGGUGUGGUCCCCCCCCCCCCCCGACCCUUUUUUUUCUUUAGCACGUGUUUAUGUUGUCAUCGGUCACAUGUGUGAAAACUGCAGUGUCUUCGUUCCUUGCUGCAAUCUGGCAGGCCGGCUUUCACACUUGUUACUUUGUACUCACAUUGCUGUGGCACUGCGUAUAACGAAAUGCCAACUAGCUCCCAUAUGUUGAUAAUUUUGCAGUUCUUCAGGGUGUUAUAUUUUUGUUGUUAACAGGCUGCAUGAUAAAGUGCCAUAACUGCCUGUUCAAGGGCAACCUUCAGUGUCAUAGAUAUGUAAUUAUGACGAAGGAAAGCUGCAACUUUGGGUACUGUCAGAACUAUAGUGGUAUUCAGAGAUUUGUCAUUAUACAUAGUCUUGCACUCUAACCUCGGAACAUUCUUUUGCAGGUUACACACCACUCAACAUUGGGAACAGGUUUUGUGAAGUUAUUUGUUUCACAAGAUAGCUGCUUCAGUUGCAUGCAGGAUUAUAACCAGCCCUGUUAAUUUUAAAAGUGCAGUGGUUUGAAAGUGUGACAUGAAUAACAGAGACAGACGCCUGUGUGUGUCUGUCUGCAAUUUGUGUUUUGCUUUCAAGCCAAUCCAAUCUUAGAAUGAACACGAACCAAUUAGCCCCAUUAAUUUUUCACCUCUGUUAACUUGUAACACCAGUGCCUAUAAUUCCUUAGUUAGUCACUGUAGUACAUGUUUAGUGCUUGCAACUUUUUUAAAGCAAUAUUUCUAUUUUAUUUGACAGUAUUCAUUCUGCCUUUUUUAUUUUGGCUGCUUUUGAGCUUGCACUGUUUUGACUGCUGUAAAAAAAGUUUUCCUAAGCAACUUCUGACUCUGCACAUGUACCAUGUUUCUUUCCCAUGGCAACAUGACUCUCACUUACCUCAAACAGCAAAUUGGCAUUGCUAACAAAUUAGCUCAUUGUCAAGAGCAGAAUUCAGUCUCAUUUAGGUGCAGACAAAGUCAAUAACAGAUUAUAGAUCCUGAAUUGGUUGAUACUUGAUAUGUACACAUGAAGGUCACGUUGGAAGAUUCCAUUGUUAAAUUCUUUGCUGAAGCUGCUAUCAAAUCUACAAGAGCACCAAUUUGCACAAACAUGAAACAUCUGUAGUUGUUUUGCCAUCUCUUGGUUCCAUACUCAUGUGUUUCAGUUACAGAGCUUGCAGUUGUAGGUAAAAGUUUUCAAUAUUGAACACAGUGCCUGCUGCCAGUAGGCAUACAAGUCUCGGACUUUUAGUACAGGACUCUGAUGUGACAGGCGAUGCUUACUGUAAAAGAAUGAGGGCAUGUUUUGACAUCGUUUUGUAGGGAUGUUGUAAGCAGUGUCUGCUCUGUGAAGAAUGGCUGCGAGAAUAAGCUGUGCUACAAACAGAAUUGCUUAUCACGUUUAUUCACAUAUAUUCAUGUAACAGCAACUGAAUUUUCAGCUUCAUUUAUACAUUGACUCAAUAAGCUGGAGUCGCUACUGUGGGUAUGUCCAAAUAAUCGAAUGAUCGGAAAAAGUAAUGCUCUGAAAGAUUGGCCAGUGACUAAAUAUAUUCCUUUGAAAUUGGUUCUGCCCUGAACUAGAUGCAAAUGAAAAAUUGAAGUAUUGGUGUCUAUAUGACACUCAUAAACAAGCUCUAAAGAUAAGGUGAUUCACAAUAAAUUUGAAGUUGACUGGCAUGCAUUUUUCAUGAACCGAAUCGAGUUAAGAGACAAACUCGUACGUCUACUUUUUUUGUUGAGCCUGCUUAUGUCAAAUUUUAAAGAAAUUAUUCAACACAGUUUGCUUUUUCAAUAGGUCCUUUACACCAAACACUCACAAGAAAACACAGUGUAGAAAUACAAAGAGAAAGCUUUCUAUAAAACAACUGUCGUAUUUGAAACUAUCACUGUGUUAUGAUCGGAAGGAAAGGAAACCGACCGCUCAAUUUACUAGUUAAAUAAUAAAAAGCCAACAAACAAUGGCCUGAAGGACAGCAUAAGGGAAAAUAUUUGUAGUGCUUAGUUGAAGCAAAAUAAUUUGAAUGAAUGUGGAUGAAUAAAUAGUUAUCCACGUUCUAGUGCAAGUGGCCAGUGUGUGCAAAAAACUUUUGCAUCUUUAACCAUUGUGGUAUGUAGGUGUCGACAAGCACUGCGUCCUUGCUUGCAUUUAAAGCUGGCACAAUGCAAAGCAUGUUUUUUUCUUUGAAUGAACAGGAAAUAUUUCUUUUGUUUUAGGGAGAAAAAAAGAAAAAUUAAUUCAGGAACUCCUCUGGCAGUUGUCCAAGUGUGUGUAAGCAUUAUGCCACUUGCUCAUCUCCUAGCAGCCCGUUGUCAUUAUCAAUGUUAUGAACUUGAUGAUAAUGCAAGUUUAAUUAUGAUAGAGUUCAUUAUGGUACUCGAAACCAAGGCCAUUGGUGUUAAUUGAGGUGAAGUUAAUUGUCCACAAUUAAUUGAGAUGUAAUUAAGGCACUCAGACCCUCAAUCUUUGGUGGGAAUCGAACCUACGGCCUUUGGUGUUAGGGUGAAUUAAGGCAAAUUUAGUGAACCUGUUACAGAACUACCACUACAUUUGCUGAUGGGGGUAUGCAAUGCUUUAUUGAUGGCUCGGAUACUUUUUUUGAGCUUGUUCUUCAUUGAAAUGUACGCUGUUCUGUGCGUUGUGUGGGUGAUUUCAAUUAAUCUGUGCACUCUUCACUACACUUUGCUGAGCAUUUGUAGCCUCUGCCUUAUGUGGGUAUGAGCCAUUGCUUAAGGGGCUAAAAGCCGUUCAUUGUCUUACAAGCAAAUUUCUCAUUGGGUUGGCAUAGAAAUGCCUAAGCAUUUAAAAACACAUCACUGACAAAUUUCUCGUUGGGUAGGCAUAGAGAUGCUUACGCAUUUAAACACGCAUCACUUUUUCUUUUUGGCAAUUUUAAGGCCACGAGUGACAUGCAUGAUUUUUGAGCGAGAAGAAAGGGGGUUACACGAGGGGCCCGUUUUUAUUAAUUUAUUUUAUUGACCAGUUGCAUUCACCCAAAAAGAUCACGUACUCGUGACGCCUGUGGCAGACUGGAUGUCAUCUGCCACCAAGGUUUGUGAGUGGUGGCACUGGCUAACACUCCCAAGGUUAGUUUUAGUUGUAAAAUAUAAAUACCCAAGAAAGUGGAUGGGGAAACGGCGUCGCGGUGGCUCAUUUGUUUAGAGCAUCACACGUGUAAUGCAAAGAUGGGGGUUGUUCCCCACCUGCGGCCAGUUCUUCAUCUGCUUUCAUUGCCGUUAAUUUAUCAUUUCUCUAAUUCAAUUCAAUUCCCCUAUGUUGUCCUUGGUGUCUUUGUGUGUUGGCUCCUCUUGAUAUGAUGAUUAAUGGUUUUUUUGAAAAGCUCAUCUACAGUGGUGUUGACUGUGUCAAACUGUUCUCGAUGAAUUGUGCAGGCGUCUGUGGCUGCGUGCAAUAUUUGAAUACGAGAUGAGUGUGUGUGCCUCUCUAUUCUUGCUUACAGAAGUCGUCGUAUGCCCUUGACUUUUGAUUCCUUGUCAUGUUCUGCAACUAUGCUGACGUACAUUCUCUGGCUUUUUUAUCACAGGCUAACGGCUCACAUUGACUAAUGCCAUCCUGUCUUGCAGUGACAUGUUUGUUUUUCACACGUUAUUGUACUUCUCUUAUGCUGAUGUACAUUCUCUGGCUUUUUUAUCACAGGGUAACGGCUCACAUUGAUGAAUGCCAUCCUGUCUUGCAGUGACAUGUUUGUUUUUCACAUGUUAUUGUACUUCUCUUAUGCAAAGCGUGCAUUGCGUUGACAUAUUAGAGGUCCAGCAUGGAUGUGCAAUCUCUCGUUUAUAUAAUGCAUGCAAGAAAUGCAAGUGCCUAAAUGACACAAGUUUUGACUAUUAAUUUCUACAAUACAGUUCAUCUUUCUCAGUGCCUGUGACCUAGAUGCAUUAUUGUUGGUUGUACAACCAUGUCAUUUUGCGUUACAGGAGCAGUCACUCACUUUCAUUAGGCCCGGUGCACAGCUGUCAAUAUUUUGCACACAUCACUCACUUUGGUGCCUUCUACAAGUUCACUGGUUGCACGAAGUAAUAGUUCUGAUUUUCUUGUGGACUGACUUGGUUUCAUUUGUUCAUUCUGCCAUUGCUGCUAUGAAAACAACGGAAGUGUAUUUCAGUUAUCCAAGCCCCUUAGUACUGAAGCAUUUCGGAAACCACAAUAAGUUUAUGGAGUACCAAAUUUACGUUCUAGUCCUGUUAUUUUUUUUUUUAAUUUCUUUUAUGAACUACGUCACCACACCUGUGCAGGUUUGCCAAGUGUCCAAAAUUUAGCUCGACAACCCCAACUUUUGAGUAAACGCCAGAGUCCCGACCUAACCCAGUCGGUAUUGGCAAAUAUCCCAACUUUUUUUUCCUUACUGAAUAACGAUCAGUAAAUCAGAUUUAAUGUUUAAUGCGUGAUAGCUCGGUUGUAUGUUCUUCUCUUUUUAUCUUCGCUUGCAUUGUGAUAAACAUAAAGGCAGUUUUGCUUUAGUCUUGCUUCUAGUUCUGUUGUAGGCCAUAACCAUUCACCGUAACUCUUAUCUGUAUUGGUAGCCGUUUUAACCAGGCAACUAUACUGCACCUUAUUGACGCAUGUUGCGACAAGGUAGGACUAAAGAAAUUGGGUAACUUUGUUGCAUGUAUGGACUGGUGGCUUUUGGUACUGUCAGGUCUCUCUCCCCGUCCCGACUUCGUCCACUCAAGAGUUGGCAACCCUACAUUGCAAAUGUGUGACUUGAGCUACUCUGUGUUAUGAUGUCACAGUAAUGUCGACGACGACUUCAUACUUGUUAAGUGUUGUCCUCUUUCUUACUAGAAGCAUGCGGUAGUCCGUUUACAACUUCAAAAAUAUGUGUCAGUUCUCCUUUGAAUUGUCUAAUGUUCUUUAUAACCUAAUGAUCUCUGUCGCAUCUCGUGCUGCUGUUACAGCUCAUUGCCACAGCUGUGUUGCAGCACUUCACCAUGCCACUGAUACUGCAAUGUUUAGUGUGACUUGUGUUACAGGUUUUAGCAGUCACUGCACUAUGCCUCUCCAACAGAAGCAUGCAUUAGUCUAUAACACUUGAAUUUUUUUAUAUAGAACAAUAGUAGUAAUCGUGAUUCUUAUGGAAAUUUUUCCUUUCUGCAGCUUUGUGCACGUGGUGUUUUCUUACCGUCGACGAUUAUGUCCACAUAGCACUACUGAAAAAAAAAAAGAAAAAAAAGUCCAGAUGGAGAUUCAGAAACAGAUGGAGACUAAGUAAUCGUUCAAGCAGGGGAUGACCAUAAUUAACUGUAGCAUAAGAAGAUAGCACACAAGAAUGGAGACACACAAGUACUACGAAUUAGGCGAGUUGGUAAAGCCCGUGAUAUAAUAUUUAAUAGUUAAUAUUUAACUAUAGCACAAACUGAUAGAGCACAAACAAAAGAAUGGAAAUGCAGUGCUCUUGUGUUCUUUCGUUUUUCUGUUUGUGCACCAUCUGUUUAUGAUAGUUAAAUAUCGUCAGCCUGUACUUGCUUUCCUGAUUUUUCAGCUUUAGCAAACAAGGGACAUUUUGGGCUGGAGCAAAUAUUUGGACAAGCAGACAAAGAUAAAGUUACUUUGUCUAAAAAGCUUCGGCUUGGUCUAGCAUAAGACAUUCUUUGUACAUCCGCUAUUGAUUAAAAAAGGAAUGUAAUCGUGGAUACAUCUUGAAUAGAAGUGUACGGGCAAAUAAGUGGCCAUCGGGCAGAGAUGUUAUUGUGCAAAGAUAAAUAAACUGGAAAAUCUCAACAUUGUGUUCAAGAGAAAAUAGGGGUGUUGAUUAGAACCUUGGUGGGCUGUAGUUGUUUCUAUGCGGGGAAAAACAAAUUUCAGCUUUAUACUAAAUUUAUCAAUUCCUGCAAUUUCCUUGUAUGUUUAUGUUUCAUGUUAGUAUGAGUUUACUAGAUCUAAGACAAACAUAAUUAAGAGGUGGCACUUGGAUCUCUGUUUUGGUCGAUUGAAAUAAAGGGCUGGUCACAUUUGUACGAGGAUAGUUGGGUGUAUCAGUAGUAUUUAUACUAUAUACGUAUGAGAAGUGAUGCAUGGCUGUGUGAAAUAUAUUUCUUGUAACUUGUGCUUGUGCAACGCA